GUUCCAACACCAUCUUCUGAGCUGACCUCCGUUCCCAGGAUGCCCUUGGUGCUGCUCCUGCUGCUGCCCAUCUUGAGUUCUGCAAAAGCUCAGGUUAAUCCAGCCAUAUGCCGCUAUCCUCUGGGAAUGUCAGGAGGCCACAUUCCAGACGAGGACAUCACAGCUUCCAGUCAGUGGUCAGAAUCCACAGCUGCCAAAUAUGGAAGGCUGGAUUCAGAAGAAGGGGAUGGAGCCUGGUGCCCUGAGGUUCCAGUGGAACCCGAUGACCUGAAGGAGUUCCUACAGAUUGACUUGCACACCCUGCACUUUAUCACUCUGGUGGGGACCCAAGGGCGCCAUGCUGGGGGCCAUGGCAUUGAGUUUGCCCCCAUGUACAAGAUCAAUUACAGUCGGGAUGGCACUCGCUGGAUCUCUUGGCGGAACCGGCAUGGGAAACAGGUGCUGGAUGGGAAUAGUAACCCCUAUGACAUUUUCCUAAAGGACUUGGAGCCACCCAUCGUGGCCAGAUUUGUCCGCUUCAUUCCAGUCACUGACCACUCCAUGAAUGUGUGCAUGCGGGUGGAGCUUUAUGGCUGUGUCUGGCUAGAUGGCUUGGUGUCUUACAAUGCUCCAGCUGGACAGCAGUUUGUACUCCCUGGAGGCUCCAUCAUUUACCUGAAUGAUUCCGUCUAUGAUGGAGCUGUUGGGUACAGCAUGACUGAAGGGUUGGGCCAGCUGACAGAUGGGGUGUCUGGCCUGGACGACUUCACUCAGACCCAUGAAUACCAUGUGUGGCCGGGCUAUGACUAUGUGGGCUGGAGGAAUGAAAGUGCCCCCAGUGGUUACAUCGAGAUCAUCUUUGAAUUUGACCGCAUCAGGAAUUUCACGACCAUGAAGGUCCACUGCAACAACAUGUUUGCCAAAGGUGUGAAGAUUUUUAAGGAGGUGCAGUGCUACUUCCGCUCGGAGGCCAAUGAGUGGGAACCGAACUCCGUGUCCUUCCCCCUCGUCCUGGACGACGUCAACCCCAGUGCUCGGUUCGUCACCGUGCCCCUCCACCACCGCAUGGCCAGCGCCAUCAAGUGCCAAUACCACUUUGCUGACACCUGGAUGAUGUUCAGUGAGAUCACCUUCCAAUCAGAUGCUGCAAUGUACAACAACUCUGGGGCCCUGCCCACCUCACCUGUGGCACCCACAACCUAUGAUCCAAUGCUUAAAGUCGAUGACAGCAAUACCCGGAUCCUGAUUGGCUGCUUGGUGGCCAUCAUCUUCAUCCUCCUGGCCAUCAUUGUCAUCAUCCUCUGGAGACAGUUCUGGCAGAAAAUGCUGGAGAAGGCUUCCCGGAGGAUGCUGGAUGAUGAAAUGACAGUCAGCCUUUCUCUGCCCAGUGAGUCCAGCAUGUUCAACAACAACCGCUCCUCAUCACCAAGUGAGCAGGAGUCCAAUUCCACUUACGAUCGCAUCUUUCCCCUUCGACCUGACUACCAGGAGCCAUCGAGGCUGAUACGAAAACUCCCAGAGUUUGCUCCAGGGGAGGAAGAGUCAGGCUGCAGUGGCGUUGUGAAGCCGGCCCAGACCAGCGGGCCCGAGGGAGCACCCCACUACGCAGAGGCUGACAUUGUGAACCUGCAGGGGGUGACUGGAGGCAACACCUACUCAGUGCCUGCUGUUACCAUGGACCUGCUUUCAGGGAAAGAUGUGGCUGUGGAAGAGUUCCCCAGGAAACUCCUAACGUUCAAGGAGAAGCUGGGAGAAGGCCAGUUUGGGGAGGUUCAUCUCUGUGAAGUGGAGGGGAUGGAAAAAUUCAAAGAUAAAGAUUUUGCCCUAGAUGUCAGUGCCAACCAGCCUGUCCUGGUGGCCGUGAAAAUGCUUCGAGCAGAUGCCAACAAGAAUGCCAGGAAUGAUUUUCUUAAGGAGAUAAAGAUCAUGUCCCGGCUCAAGGACCCAAACAUCAUCCGCCUCUUAGCUGUGUGCAUCACCGACGACCCUCUGUGCAUGAUCACUGAGUACAUGGAGAAUGGAGAUCUCAAUCAGUUUCUUUCCCGCCAUGAGCCCCCCAGUUCUGCCUCCAGCAACGCACCCACUGUCAGUUAUGCCAGCCUGAAGUUUAUGGCUACCCAGAUUGCCUCUGGCAUGAAGUACCUUUCCUCCCUUAAUUUUGUCCACCGAGAUCUGGCCACACGAAACUGCUUAGUGGGUAAGAACUAUACCAUCAAGAUAGCUGACUUCGGAAUGAGCAGAAAUCUGUACAGUGGUGACUACUACCGGAUCCAGGGCCGGGCAGUGCUCCCCAUCCGUUGGAUGUCUUGGGAGAGCAUCUUGCUGGGCAAAUUCACGACAGCGAGUGACGUGUGGGCCUUUGGGGUGACUCUGUGGGAGACAUUCACCUUUUGCCAGGAGCAGCCCUAUUCCCAGCUGUCAGAUGAGCAGGUCAUCGAGAAUACUGGAGAGUUCUUCCGAGACCAAGGGAGGCAGACUUACCUCCCCCAGCCUGCCAUUUGCCCUGACUCUGUGUAUAAGCUGAUGCUCAGCUGCUGGAGAAGAGACACCAAGCACCGUCCUUCAUUCCAGGAAAUCCACCUUCUGCUCCUUCAACAAGGGGACGAGUGA